AGGAGGAGAAUCGUUUGACGUGGCAAACGGUACGGACGCAGUCACACAUAUCAUCCUUCGUCUCUCCAUCAUUACCUAACCUUCCAGGAAAGGACCUCUCCGAUUCUUUCAGGCCCCAGUCCGUAAAGAAGGGAGAUGAUCUGGCUGCUUGUCUUCUCCAGUUUCCUCCAUUGCGCGUCGACCUACGAGAUCGACGUGAAGAAACUGGAUGGUCUGGCGAAGGCGAAGGUGGAGUCCUGCGGAGGAUGACAGCUGAACCGGCUGAGAGAGGUCAAGGCCUUUGUGACCCAGGAUAUUCCUCUUUACCAUAACCUGGUGAUGAAGCACAUUCCUGGAGCCGACCCUGAGCUCGUCCUCCUCAACCACUACUACGAAGAGCUGGACCGCAUCGCCCUGUCGGACAUGAGCCGUGCGGAGAUCAACGAUCUGCUGGUCCAGCUCGGCUUCUACGUGAAGAGCCAGGCCGAGGAGGAGGUCCCAGAGGAGUUCCGCCUCCUCCCCGCCAAGGACAGCCCCUUCAAGGACCCCCCCGGGACCCCCCAGCCCAGCGGGGAGGCUCCCACGGGGACCCCCCAGCCCAGCGAGGAGGCCGCCCCCGGGUCCCCGUCCCAAGCCCAGCGGUCUGAGCUGUAACUCAGAGUCACGGGGAUCUCUUCAGAACAUAAAGGCCCCUCAUUAGGUAGUAACGUCUGGUCAAUUAAGUAUCUUUAAAACUUUUUUACACAAGCACAGUAACACAAUAAGCAACGAGCCCCACCUUAACCACUUGACUCAAAACUGAUGCUAAAAAAGAUGCUAAGGCGUAGAACAGUCGAUAAUCUGACCUGCUGACUCUCUUGAGUGUCUGUUGACUUCCUGUCUGCUGUGAAACUGAAUGAAGUCCCAGGCUGUAAGUCGUCUGAUUGGCCUGGGACUGAUGAUGCAUGAUUCUACAGGGGGCGGGACUACACACAUACAAGACGAGUGGAGUGGAGAUUAAUGAUUGAUGUUGUACAAUAAAAACAAAACAAAAACUGACAUUUUCGUGUUCUUUGGCAGACUAUAGAUUGGAUGCACACACAAGCUUACAUAAUAUACAAACACACUAUUUGCAUGUGUUUUCCCAGUCAAAUACCCAAUGGACCAAACCAAGUUUAACUGCUUCCCUGUAUCCGUCAGAGCUUUUAGAGAGCGAUAAUCACACAAUACACAACAAAGGUUUCUUAAUUUCUUUCAGAAGUUGGUUUUAAUCGUUUCUCACAUUGAACAUGUGGUGCACUGAUAUAUUAAAUAUGGAUAUCUGGCAGUUAAUCUGAUGUACAGAAUGUCUUUUGAACGCUCCUUGUGUCCAUUUUUUUAGUCUCAAGUUUGCAGUGAUAAAAUAUUGCUAAUAAAUUAUAUCUAAU